AUGUUUCGUCAUAAUUCUUCAUCAUCAAUGAAAUAUAUCUUAGUUACUGGUGGUGUUAUUAGUGGAAUUGGAAAAGGUAUUAUUUCAUCAAGUAUUGGUACAAUACUUCGUUCUCAUGGAUUUCGUGUAACAUCAAUUAAAAUUGAUCCAUAUAUAAAUAUUGAUGCAGGCACUUUUUCACCAUAUGAACAUGGAGAAGUUUUUGUACUUGAUGAUGGAGGUGAAGUUGACUUAGAUUUGGGUAAUUAUGAAAGGUUUCUUGAUGUAACAUUACAUCGUGAUAAUAAUAUAACAACGGGUAAAAUUUAUCAAUAUGUUAUUGAUAAAGAACGUCGUGGUGAUUACCUUGGUAAAACUGUGCAAGUUGUACCACACAUAACAGAUGCAAUACAAGAAUGGGUUGAACGUGUUGCACAUAUAUCUGUUGAUGAAGAUAAAGCUGAACCAGACAUAUGUAUUAUUGAACUUGGUGGUACAAUUGGAGAUAUUGAAAGUAUGUCAUUUGUUGAAGCAUUUCGACAAUUUCAAUUUCGUGUAAAGAAAGAAAAUUUUUGUUUGGUUCAUGUCAGUCUUGUUCCACAAGUUUGUAUU